UUAUCCCAAUUUCCACAUGAUUGAAACUUUGCUCUGAAAACGUCAAACUAUGAAGUCAAGAAUCAUUAAUAAAUAGUAGUUGUAAAGACCAAAAUUGUACACUUUUGUUGCUUCAGUAAACUACAACGAAGUUGAGUGCUUGAUCUGAAGAGUUUGACCCCAUUGCAUCAUUAAGUAUAAAAUUUGAAGUAUUAAUCAUUCUCCAGAGAGGUUUUCAGUGCUAAUAUUCCCUUUUCCGUUCAAGAUUUAGCAGGAAGUCUUUCAAAUUUAUGGAGAUUUCAAAUUUCAGAACAAGAUCUUUCUUUCUUGUCAGCAAUAUUCUUGGCUUUGUAUUGACAUUAUUGGCCUUAAUUUCUGUCUGCAGUGCUACAGAUACUGAUAUUCAUUGCUUGAAAUCAAUAAAAGAUUCAUUACAAGACCCUUUCAAUUCUUUGGACUCUUGGGAUUUCAGCAAUUCUACUGAAGGUUUCAUCUGCCUUUUUAUAGGAAUUGAAUGUUGGCAUCCUGAUGAGACUAAGGUACUGAGCAUUAUGCUUCCAAAAAUGGGAUUAAUUGGUGAAUUUCCACGUGGCAUUCAAAAUUGCACAAGCUUGACUGCUUUAGAUCUUUCAGGCAACAAGUUGUAUGGAACUAUCCCUUCUGAUAUUUCAGUGAUACUUGAUUAUGUGGUAAUACUUGAUCUAUCAAAUAACACAUUUUCUGGCAAUAUACCACCUGAUAUAGCUAAUUGUGCUCAUCUUAACGAUCUGAGGUUGGACAAUAAUAAUCUAGAAGGUGAAAUUCCAAGUAGAAUAGGCUCUUUACUUCGCCUUCGGACAUUCAGUGUAGCCAACAAUUACUUGACUGGGGCAGUGCCAUCGUUUCUUAGUGAACAAAUCACAGCUGAGAGUUUUGCAAACAAUCCUGAGCUUUGUGGGAAGCCUUUGAAAGGAUGUGAGAAUUCUUGGAUAUGGAAACAUAUCGAUCAUGCUUCGUUCAUUAAAGCGUUUGUGGUUGGUUGGGUACUUUUCUUUACGUGGGCUUUAGUCCUUCGCUUAUUUCAAUUUCCAAGCAAGGUAAUCAACAAGAUAGUCUCAUUCAACAAAUGGAAACUGAGGGCAAAGGAACAUUUAACUUCAGGAAGCGAUUCGCCAGAUGAAGAGGACUUACGCAGCAACCAGAAGAUAUUAAGGCUGGAGAAGUUUGUCACUAGAAUGAGUUUUGAGGAGCUGGAAAAAGCAACUUCUGGUUUUAGUGAAAACUAUUUAAUAGGAAAUGGAAUGUUGGGCAAAGUGUACAAAGCAAUUCUACCAAAUGACUGGACACUUGCCAUCAAGAAGCUCAAUGAAUGGGAGAAUUUGGAGGACGAGUUUGUCUCUGAGAUAACAACUCUCGGUGGCCUGAGACAUCGGAACCUAUUGCCUCUUAUAGGUUUCUGUGCUGAAAAAGAAAAAAGAUUUCUUGUUUACAAAUACAUGUCUAAUGGAAAUCUUCAUGAAUGGUUGCACUCAACCGAAGAUAAGGCCAAGAUUUUGGACUUCCAUUUGAGGGCUAAGAUUGCGCUUGGGGUAGCAAAAGGCCUGGCUUGGCUUCAUCAUGGGUACGAAUUACACAUUACACACGGGAGCAUAAGCACACGGUGUAUAUUGCUAGAUCAAAAUUUUGAACCUAAAAUAUCCAAUUUUUGGGAAGCCAAGUUUUGGAGUAAGAAUGACACUGCACUAAGUUGGAGUCUUUUUCCAGUAGCUGAAUAUUCAGGUUUAGGUUCUUACAAGCAAGACAUCUACUGCUUUGGUGUUGUGCUUCUUGAGCUGGUAACUGGGAAGGAACCAUAUGAAUUGACCAGCUCGAGAAAUCUAUUUGAUCACUCGCCUUGUCUACUUGAUGCAGAUAGACAUUUGCUUGGAAAAGGAGUCGACAAUUUAAUCCUCCAGUUUCUUGAAUUAGCUUGUAACUGUGUGAAGUUCUUUCCUAAUAAAAGGCCAACAAUGUUGGAAGUGUAUGACACACUGAGGUCAAUUUCUCAGGGUCGAAAGGACUUGGUACGAAAAAUACCCUCAGCAAGUGAGAUUUCAAGCCUAUAUGAUUAGUGCUAUAGUUUAUCUGGUUAAUCAGAAGAUAAAGCAGGAGCAGACCAAACUAAAGUAUGAAAGCCAUAUUUUGAUUCUGUAUGCUGAUAGCUUUUGUUGCAAUUGUCCUAGCUAUGAAUCUGUAGAUAUUCUACAAUAUUGGAAAGCCUUAUUGAUUGCAUUUGCAGUUUCUAAAAGGAGUUCACAAAAGACUCAUGCUGAAUUUAUUUAGUUUGAAAUAUUAUAGGCAAUUUCUGAGAGUGUGAUA